AUGAACGGCAUCAUCCACAACUGCUCCCACAACAAUACCGGAGGACUUUGCGUCAAGGAGGAGAAUGACGUCUUCGUCGACGCCUUCAACUACAUCUGCCGACUUUUUCAGAUCAUCCGGCCGAAGAAGCUUCUUUACAUGGCUGUCGACGGCUGUGCCCCACGGGCGAAGAUGAACCAACAGCGCUCCCGGCGCUUCCGCGCUGCGAACGAUGCCCGGGAGGCGCGUGAGAAGGCCAAAGAGAUGGGCGAGGACCUCUCCAGCCCGCACUUCGACUCCAACUGCAUUACGCCGGGCACGGAGUUUAUGGCCAAGCUGACGACCCACCUGCGCUACUUCAUCUGUAAGAAGAUCCAGCGCAUUUUUGCAUACAGCCGUCAGGUGACGAUUGUCCUGUCGGGUCCCGACACGCCGGGCGAAGGCGAGCACAAGAUCAUGGACUACAUCCGCGCCUCCAAGGAGGAAGAGGAGGAAGAGGAGGAGGAGGAAGAGGAAAAGAAAGUGGAAGACGCAGACGAAGAGGAGGACGAGAACGAGGCGGAGGAGGAGGAGGAGCAGGAAGAGGAAGAGGAAGAGGAAGAGGAAGAGGAAGAGGAAGAGGAAGAGGAUCCCAACCAGACUAAGACGCCCAUCGGCCAGGAGCCUUGCACAGCCAUGACCGCCGAACAGCUGCGUGCGCAGCUCGAAGCCACCAAAACGCAGGUGCAAGCCGCCCUACGAGCGAAACAAGAACUCGAAGCCGAGAGUCAGCAGGCCCUCGAGCGGCAAAGACUGCGACGAGAGCUGGAAGAGCAGCAGGAGAUUCUGCGCGACGUCACGCAGGAGAAUAGCUGGGAGCAAGCUUUCCGAGAAGGUGUCGAUGCGGACAGAGAUGGAAGUCUAGCCAAUCUAAGUUUAAAUCGCAUCGUCCCACCUGCCCAAGCGCCUGAACUUGAUGGUGGCUCCGUUCAUUUUGGCCACCGGAUCGUAAAAGGAGAGUACACCUGGAGCCUCGUUGCGAUGUCGUGGCUUCGAACAGCGCUUCGCCAAGAACUCGACUCAGACGUGUCUUCUCACGACUUCUUUGUGGACGGGUACAAAUUCGACUUCGUCUACAGUCCGUUAGGCAAUCCCAUCGAAGAUGUCACGGACAAGCCGAAGUUCGGAUCCCUUGCCAUCCGAUCAUACCCCCCAAGUCCAGCAGCUUCCACUGCAUUUCGCUACAGCAUCUUUGUCAAAAGACAGGACGGGUCCUUCGUGCAGUGGGGUGCUACAAAGGAUGUCAUCCGGCGCGGUAACGCGGUUGAAGUCUGUGGCCCAGAUGUGCAUGUAGAGGGCUCUCCUCCGUCAGCGAUCGGAAUCUUCGGCUUUUGGAAGUCCGUCCGUUUGAAACCCGAGUCGGAGGUGCUCAGAAAGCAGCUGAACUCAGGAAUGCAGGAGUCCAUGUCCAAGGUUAUCAUGGUUGAAGACUGCAAUGUGGCCACCUUCAAAUCCUUCUUAAAGUUUCUCUACACUGACAAGCUUCCGUCUAUCGCGGACCUUGCAACAGAGCAAGGGAGCCAAGCUGAGAAGGAAGUCGGCAGUCGACAUUCGUCACAGAUGGAGGCAUUGUGGGCUGUCAGCCACAAGUAUCAGGUCUGCAGCGUCCUUCGCCAGGCGCAUGUCUUCGAGGCCACGCAGCUCGAGAAGGCCUGUCUCUCCUGCGUCAAAGACAACCUUGCAGAGGUGCUCAAGCUUCAGGCCUACACUGAUCUCUUGAGCAAAUGGCCUGAGAUCGCUUUGAAGAUUCAGCUCUUUUCAGCCGGUGUGCCAGAAACAGAGGCAGCGACGAUCUUGCAGGACCGCUUUCAGCUGCUUCACAUCGCCCUGUUGAGAGAGUACAUGGAUCUCGAGUUUGCCAGCAACGCAGCUGGGGGCGGGUUCUCCUACAGCCUGGAGAGGGUCAUCGAUGACUUCAUCCUCUUCUGCAUUCUGGUGGGUAACGAUUUCCUGCCCUGCCUGCCUUUUGCAGAGAUCGGCGAGAGUGGGCUGGAGUAUUUCUUCAGUGCCUACAAGGAGCACCUGAAGUCUUCAACGGCUGAUCCGUGGCUCACCGGAGGUUGUGGUCAGAUCAACUUCAAGCAGCUGGCGCGAUUCUUGAAAAAGUAUGCGGAGGUUGAGGAUGGACUCCUCACGGCCGCCUGCGACGGCGGCGAGUGGGUGCUGGGAAAGCAGCGCUUGGUGGGGCCUUCCGAGGCCCCGACGCCCCCGGAGUACACGCCGGACCUCCCCAUCGAGCCCCCGCCGACCUCCGAGUUGGCCCGCGUGCAGUGGUACGAGAUCAAGUUCGGCAUGGAUGUGGACACGCACGCAGGCAUGCAGAACCAGCGGAAGCUCUUUCAGUCGUACCUGGAGGGCCUACAUUGGGUCAUGAGGUAUUACUUCCGGGGGCCUUCCGAGGCCUCGUGGAGUUGGUACUAUCCGUACUACCACGCGCCCAUGGCCUACGACCUGGCUCACUACGACAAAUUGCCCCAGCCGGGCAUCGAACUCGAGGUGGGGCAGCCUUUCCGUCCUUUCCAGCAGCUGAUGGCGGUCUUGCCGUCCAGUUCCAAGUCGCUCCUCCCCGCCUGCUUCCAGUGGCUCUUCGAUUCCCAG